GCCGCCGCUCAGGAUCCAAGAUGGGCAAGUCGUUCGCCAAUUUCAUGUGCAAGAAGGACUUCCAUCCCGCCUCCAAAUCCAAUAUUAAGAAAGUAUGGAUGGCAGAACAGAAAAUAUCAUAUGACAAGAAGAAACAAGAAGAAUUAAUGCAGCAGUAUCUUAAAGAACAAGAAUCAUAUGACAAUAGAUUGCUUAUGGGAGAUGAACGUGUGAAGAAUGGCCUUAACUUCAUGUACGAGGCACCACCAGGAGUGAAAAGACUUUGUUUUCAGAAAGAAGAAACAGAAGGGGAAACUGAAUACAAAUUUGAAUGGCAGAAAGGAGCCCCUCGAGAAAAAUAUGCCAAAGAUGACAUGAACAUCAGAGAUCAGCCCUUUGGUAUUCAGGUUCGAAAUGUGAGGUGCAUUAAAUGUCACAAAUGGGGUCAUGUCAACACAGAUCGAGAAUGUCCUUUAUUUGGUCUUUCUGGAAUCAAUGCAAGUUCAGUUCCAACUGAUGGCUCAGGGCCAUCGAUGCACCCCUCGGAGCUAAUAGCGGAGAUGAGAAACAGUGGGUUUGCACUAAAACGAAAUGUACUGGGGAGAAACUUGACCGCAAAUGAUCCAUCACAGGAAUAUGUUGCAAGUGAGGCUGAGGAAGAUCCAGAAGUCGAAUUCUUGAAGUCACUAACAACCAAACAGAAACAGAAGCUUCUCAGGAAAUUAGAUCGACUUGAGAAGAAAAAAAAGAAAAGGAGAAAAGAUAGAAAAAAGAAAAAACUUCAGAAGAGCAGAAGCAAACAUAGAAAGACUAAAAAUAAAUCUUCGUCUUCCUCCUCUUCCUCAUCCUCUUCCUCAUCCUCUAGUGAGAGUUCAGAAAGCAGCAGUGAGAGUGACAGUAAAGGGAAAAAAAGAGAAAUAAGGAAGAAAAAGAAAUACAAAUGUUCAAAGAGAAACAACAGUGAUUCUGAAGAGAAGCACAAAUGUAGGAAGAGAAAACUUCAUGAAGAAUUUUCUGGCAGUCAUAGUAACAAGGAAAAAGCCAAGGAAAAACCUAGCUCUUUCAGACAAGAGAGUUCUAGCAAAGGGAGCCAUUCUGAAUCUGACAGAAAGGCCAGAAGCCAUAACCAGAGUCCAGAGCAGAAAGGGUUUGAAAUUAGGGCUGAGAGGAACAGCAGGAGCCAGAGCAGAGACAGAAGGAGAAGGAGAAGUCGAAGUCGCAGUCAUUCCAAGCAAAGAGAAAUCAGAAAGGGACCACCACAAAGUCCUGGUGAAGAGUGGCAUCGAGAAAGUGACAGCAGAAGCCGAGGCACAGACAGAUACAGAGGAGGGAAAGGGCCCAGCGACAGCACAGAAGACAAGCACACUCAUGACAAAAGGAAGAAGCAGAAGUAGAGAGAAAAUCAAGAGACUGUCAGUUACCUGGGAAUAAAAAUAUCUCCACUUUCUUACUGAAUAAUACCUUUAGCAAGGGCUAAAUUAUGUACUAUUGUAUUUCUAACAUAAAAGCUCUAUUUUAAUUUUUCAACUGUGUAAACUAUCUUUAUCAAAUACAAAACUACAACAUACGGUAAGAAUGA